AUGGAAAAGCUGAAAAAGGAUCAAUUGGUAAGAUAAUGUAUGCAUAAUUCAGAUGUGGUUGCCAACCAGAAUUAUUGGUAGAUAUCGAGUUAGCACUAAAUUAAGUUGGAUAAUAUUAUAAACAGAUAUCACUGUGGUUAUUUAUUGGAUUACAAAUCCAUAAAAUCUUUUAAGAAGAAAUAGAUUAGGAGGUUCCGAAAGAUAUAUAUUUUGGCAUGAAAUUAAAACAAAUUCGGAAGGUCCACCAGUCAUUUAGAUAUUUAUCUUUCUGGACUAAUAUACUUGA